GGACAGUUAAAUCCGCACUUACCGGCGAAUCGUACGCUCUUCGGCGAUCGCACACCGAACGCUCCGCACAGUACUUCCGCGAUGUCCACCACGGCAGGAGCACCGAAGCAGCAGCAGCACCAGCUACCCAGCUACCUCACGGAAUCGCUGAUCCAGCGCUCCCUCGAGCACGAUCUGCAGCGCCCGGUAACGAUCGAUCGGUUCACGGCGGGCCCUGCAACAGCCGCCGGCGAUAACUACCUGAGCGAUGUGUUCUGGAUCCGGGUCGAGUACGAUGGCGGAGCGUCCGAGAAGCGCCUGCUAGCGAAGUGCAUGCCGGACAUCGGUGACCGCGGCGCAACGCUCGACGUGCUCGACGCGUUCCGCAAGGAGUCGGAAACGUUCCAACACCUCCUACCCGAGCUCACCCGCCUGGUCGGUGGAGGGGAACAGUUUGGGGCGAAGUGUUACUACGCCACCAGCGAACCGGUGCGCACGAUCGUGUUCGAGGAUCUGAAAGCGCUCGGCUUUCGCAUGUGCGACCGGACGAAGGGUGGCCUGGACUACGACCACAUGACGCUGGUGAUGCGCAAGAUUGCCCGCUUCCAUGCCGCCUCGAUGCUGUACGCGAAACAAAGCGCAGAGCAUCAGCGCCGUCUCGCCAGCCGGUACGCGUACGGGCUGCACAAUCCGCGAGAGCAGCCGGAAGACUCGCGCAUACUGCAGGCGCUACAGAAGGGGCUGGAGAAGUUCAUUUCCGUUGCGGGCGGUUGGCCCGAGCUGGAUGGCGGUGUGUUGCGCCAGCUGGAAGGUUUGCUGCCCGUGUUUAAGGAGCGCAUUGCUGGGUGUGUGAAGCCACGGCAACCGGGGGCCCGUUACGAGGUGCUGAACCAUGGCGAUCUGUGGAGCAACAACAUGAUGUUCCGGUACGGGCCGGACGAUAAGACGGUGGAGGAAAUCAUCUUCGUGGACUACCAGAUCUCCAACUAUGGCAGCCCGGGUCUGGAUCUCGUCUACACGCUGUACAACUGUCCGCACCGGGACGUGCGUAUAGCGAGGCGUGCGGAGCUGCUGCAAGAGUACCAUCGCGUGUUGGCUGACGCAUUGCGCAAGAAUGGGUACGACAGGGUACCGACGUUGGACGAUGUGAGGGAGGAGUUUACUCGCAAUGAGUUUUUCGGACUCGUCUGUGCGAUCACCUUUCUGCCGAUCAUGACGAUGGAACGGACGAAGGAUCUGGACCUUAGUUUCGAUGCGUUCUUCAAGGAGGGCCACGGGGAGAUCCUGCGGGACAGGCAGUACAAUGGGGCGGUGUUCCGGCAGGCCGUCGUGCCGAUCCUACACGAUCUGCACGCACGUGGCUAUGUUCGGUAGGAAGGGAAGCGGAAGUUCACGUUGCACGUUCAAAAUAAAGUACAAUAACCCAAGUUGGUGGGUAGUGUAGGAAAAUGUA